AUGGAGUCGCCGAGCUUAUCGCCCCGUUGGCGCAUCGUCAGUCGCGCUGAGUCCCUCUUAUCGUCCCUCCGCCGUGUCGCCUCGAAUCUAACGUUCAGCUGGGUGAAUCCCCUCGUCGCACUUGGCUCUCGACGCCAGUUGUCGCCCGUAGAUUUGCUGCCUCUGCCUGCUGACGUGGAGCCACGUGUGUGCGGGCAGCUCCUUUGGACGAAAUGGGAGGAGGAACGAGCAGCAGGCGACGACAACGGCAUGCUUGCAUCACGCGGCGACGGUCAGACGAGUGGUGUGUGGGGAGAACCGUCUCAGUCGGACCGGGAUUACCAUAUAGACGGGCCGUCGUCGCGUGAACGGCGCAGGCGCAGCGCGCAGCGAGGAGCGCCGUCGCUGCUGCGAUGCAUGGUGGCCAUCUUCGGCGCGGAAUACCUCAUGAUCGGCGGGAUCAAGCUGGUGAACGACGCGCUGGCCUUCGCGGGGCCGCUGCUGCUGCACCAGCUCGUGUCCGUGCUCGACAACGGCUCACAUGCCCUCGCCCUGCACCCACCUUCUCCGGCCCCUGCCACCCUCGGGCCUGCCGCGCCCCCCACGCCGUGGUCGUAUGGCCUCGCUUGCGCUCUCGCCAUCGGCGCCACCUCUGCCCUGAGAGCCUUCCUAGGCGCGCACUACUCGUACCGCCUGGCGCGCAUGGGGCUCAAGCUGCGCGCUGCCAUCGCCACCUGCGUCUUCGCCAAGGUGCUGGCAGUGAGUGCGGCACAGAGGGGGUCAUUCGAGGGUGGCGAGGUGCAGACGCUCAUGAGUGUGGAUGCGGACAGGCUUGUCAACCUCGUCAUGUCGCUGCACGACCUCUGGGGUCUGCCUCUGCAGAUCCUUGUGGCGCUGCUGCUGCUCUACUGGCAGGUGAGCUACGCGUUUCUGGCUGGCCUGGCAGUUGUGCUGCUCCUCAUCCCAGUGAACCGGUGGCUGGCGGGGAGGAUAGGAGAAGCGAGCAAGCAGAUGAUGACCAGCAAGGAUGCCAGUCACCCUGCCACGUCACCCUGCCACGUCAUCAGGGUGCAGGCGAUGCAGGAGCUGUUGGACCAUGUGGCAGCAGUGCGCGCCAUGGCCAUGGAGGGCGCUCUGCUCUCCCGCAUCAAUGCCGCUCGACACCUCGAGCUCUCCGCCCUUGCUGUACGUGUGUUUGUGUAUCUGUGUAUGUGCGCAAGUACCUGGCUGGACGCGUGGCGUGUGUACUUCUGGGCGUGCACGCCUGGCUCGUUCGAGUUGACUCCAAGCAAUCCACCUGCUCUGCUCCCCCCAACCUGUUCCACCCCGCAGGUGCGCAAGUACCUGGACGCGUGGUGUGUGUACUUCUGGGCGUGCACGCCUGUGCUCUUCUCCCUCGCCACCUUCUCCUCGCUGCUGCUCCUCGGCCGCUCCCUCAACGCCCCCGUGGUAAGCCAUCAUGCCCUGCACUCGUCGCCCCCGUGGGAUGCCAUCAUGCCCUGCACUCGUCGCCCCCGUGAUAUGCCAUCCGCUCUCAACGCCCCCGUGGUGUUCACGAGUCUAGCACUCUUCAACGUGCUGCUGGGCCCGCUCAACUCCUUCCCCUGGGUCAUCAACGGCAUCGUCGAGACGCCUCGAAACUCUUCAACGUGCUGCUGGGGUCAUACACUGCACCGCCCGCUCAACUCCUUUCCCUGGGUCAUCAACGGCAUCGUCGAGGCGCUCAUCUCUGUGAAGCGCCUGGAGGCGUUUCUCUGCAUCCCCACGCCACCCAUAGCCCGCCUCCCCUCUGCCUUCACCACCCCCUCUUCCACCUCAUCAUUCCCCACCGCCUCAUCCCCUCCCACUGCGCCACCUCCUACCACCGCACCUGCUGCCAGCAUCACCACCGGGCCUCACAGCAGCAGCAGCAGCGCCGGGCCUCACAGCAGCAGUCUGCUGGUGUCGCUCCUCCCCUUCCUCCUCCGCCACCCCCCUUCGCCGCUGUCCCGCCACGCUUCCCCCGCACUCUCGCCUCUCACAGCCCCCCUGCUGCGCCCCCCUACUGGUGAGGCUGAUGGCGAGGCAGGGGGUGCAGCAGGGGGUGCAGCAGGGGGUGCAGCAGGGGGUGCAGCAGGGGGUGCAGCAGGGGGUGGCACGAGCAGCAGGCAGCGCCUUGCACUCUCCCUUCCUGCCACAGAUCCCACCUGUGCUGCCAGUCCGUCCCCGCCACUAGCAGUGCACAUGUGCGUGCUCAGCUUCUCCUGGCGUGCUCCCACCACCGCCACCACCAAUCGCAGUGUGCCGACUGGGGCCAGUGUGGAAGAGGAUGGUUCCGCUGCGCAGGAGCGUAAGGAAAGCAGGUCCACCAGUGGUGGCGACAGGGGGAACAGCAGUAGGAGCAGCAUUGCGCUGCACAGCAUAUGCCUGGACGUGCCAGAGGGGGCUGUGGUGGCCAUUGUGGGCAAGGUGACCCCCCUUCCUCACCUUGUGCUCUCAGCGUUCCGUGUUCGUCCUCUCUUCCUACACUUCACCGUGCUCAUCUCCACUCCUGCAUCUCGCUCUCCGUCCUCGUCUUCCUCCCAUACUCCUCUACCCGCAUGCUUGCAGGUGGGCAGUGGCAAGUCGUGCGUGCUCUCGCUUGCAGCUUGCGUGUUGCGUGCUCCAACCCACCACUGCCAUGCGCAUGUGCGUGCUGUGUCGAUGCGCCCGUCUCACGUGCCCCCUGCUUCUCUUCCCCUGCCCUGCGCACAGGAGCCGUGGGUGUUCGCAGGCAGCAUACGAGAGAACGUGCGGUUUGGCGCGCCAUGGGACCCCAUCAGGUACCAGCAGGUGAUGCACGCCUGCGCAUUGCAUGAGGACACGGCAGCCAUGGCAGGGGGCGACGAGGCACAGGUGGCGGACAGAGGGCUCACGCUCUCCGGCGGCCAGCGCGCCCGCCUUGCCCUCGCCAGAGUGCUCUACUCCGAUGCCACACUGUUGCUGCUCGAUGACCCGCUGUCAGCGCUGGAUGCCCGCGUGGCACGCCACGUCAGCGACGCCGCCCUGUUCGGGCCAAUCGCCAGAGGCCGCACCAUCCUGCUCUGCACGCACUCGCCCCGGGCGGUGCAGCGAUCAUCACUGGUGGUGGCCAUGCAGUGUGGCAGGAUCGUGCAUGUGGCACCUCCUGCCACCCGCGUGCCCGCUCUCAUGCCUGGGAAUAGUGGCGUGGAUAGUGAUGAUUCGCGCAUGCAUGAUGGCGAGUGCAUGGAUGCAGAUACACGCGGUCUGCUGGUGAGGCUGCUGGGGGAGCAGCAAGGCGAGCAGGAUGCGGAGAAACGGGGGCAGGAGGGCGAGAGCGAAGGCAGGAAAUGUGGGCGGAAUGGGCGUGGGGAAGGGGAAGGGGCUGCUGCAGCGAGGGAGGUGGCAGGGCAAGCUGAUGGGAAAGCACAGGAGUGUCCCACCAAGGAAGGCCAUGGUGUGAGUGGUGUGGAUGGUGCCACUGCUGGUGCUGCCAGUGAGGAAAGCAGGCAGGAGGAGGAGGGGGGCCCGUGUGCAGAGGAACCAGACAUGGAAGCCCGGGGCUGCAGCGGCGAGGGGAAGGGGCAGGAGGCGGGUGCAGCGUUAGAGGAGGAGGAAAGGAGGGAGGCGGGAUCGGUGCGGCUCUCCGUGUACCGGAGGUAUUGUGCAGCGGUGGGGUGGCCGCUGCUGGCGCUGGUGCUGGCGAGCCUGGCGCUCAUGCAGGGCUCCCGCAAUGCUGCUGACGUCACGCUCUCCCUCUGGACCGACGCUGUGCAGCACGCCCCCGACUCAGAGGCAGCAACAAACGCCUUCUACCUGCGGCUCUUCACCCUCAUCGCUCUCCUCAACUCGCUGCUCACGCUCCUCCGCGCCUUCUCCUUCGCACAUGCCGGCAUGACAGCAGCCCACCGCGUGCACCACGAGUUGCUUGCUGCUGUUGUGCGCGCGCCCCUGGCCUUCUUUGAUACUAACCCGUCUGGCCGCAUACUCAACAGGUUCUCCUCGGAUCUGUACACGGUGGAUGACUCGCUGCCGUUCAUCGCCAACAUCCUCCUCGCCAACUCCUUCAGCCUCGCUGGCAUCGCCGCUCUGCUGCUGUACACGCAGCAUUCUAUUUGCUCCUCAUUGGUCAUCCCUCAUCUGUCCACGUGCAUCCUAAAGACUAUCCUUCCUGGUCACUCUCCUCCUUACCAUUCUCCUCGCCUGUUAUCGCUCCCCACUCAUACCUCCUCGCAGCAUCUGUACCGCCAGUCAUCACGGGAGCUGCGCCGGCUGGACAGUGCAGCGCGCUCGCCCGUGUAUGCUGCAUUCUCACAGCUGCUGCACGGCGCACCCACCAUCCGCGCCUUCCAUGCUCAGGAGCACGUGAUGCGUGGAGCAGUGGCCCUCAUGUCGGCCAGCCAGCACGCGUCCUUCUCUGAGAUGGCUGCCUCGCAGUGGCUCUCUGUUCGCCUGCAGGUCAUCCUCUCCCCCUCUCUCCCUCUCUCCCUCGCUCACUCGCUCACGCGUUCACUCACUCACUCGCUCACUCGCUAA